AUGCCUCUCACCGGUCACUGCCUCUGCGGCGCCGUCAAGUACACGGCGGCUGUCGAUGCCCCUCUCAUCACUGCUUACGACCACUGUGAUGACUGCCAGCGCCAGAGUGGCUCCACCUACUCUCUGGUUACCGUCGUCCCCAAGGACUCUCUGACCAUCACCGGCCCCACCAAGUCCUACGCCAAGAAUGGCAGCUCUGGAAAGGCCGUCCACCGCAUCUUCUGCUCCGAGUGCGGCUCUCCCAUUGCCCACGACCCCGAGGCUGCCCCGCCCAUCAUCGCCCUGAAGGCCGGUACCCUCGACACCGAGAUCAAGAAGAACUUGAAGCCUGACACCGAAAUCUGGACCGUCAGCAAGCUUCCCUUCUGCCAGGAGAGCCUCGAGCACCCCUUCGAGCACAUGCCCCAGUAA